AUGGCAAAUGUUCCUAAUCUAACGCUCGACCCGAGCUUGAAGUAUUGGGUGCUUCUUCCAAUCUCAUUUGUGAUGGUAUUAGUGGGGAUUGUUAGAGAGAACAUUCAAUUGUUAAUUACCCCUGCCGCAAAAUUGGAAGACUACCAAAAGAUUAAAAAGGAUGAAACUUUUGCAAGAAUCCAGAGAUUCAAACAGAAUUUUCGUGUUUUAUCGUAUAGUGAUUUCGAUCUCCAGCGGACUGCGUUAAUUGAAUCCAUAUCCAAAACAGCCACUGAGAUCGAGACAGAAAAGGCGGAAAAGGCAAAACAAGAAGCAGGUGAUGCUCCACCAAACCCUUUUGCCGAUGGUAAGUUGUCAGAACAAUUGUCAGGGAUGAUGAAGGGAAAUAUGGCAAAUUUCAUUCCUCAAACAUUGAUCAUGGCGUGGGUGAACUAUUUCUUUAGCGGAUUUGUCAUUAUGAAGUUGCCGUUCCCUUUGACAGUGAGAUUCAAACAAAUGCUUCAAAAUGGUGUCAGCACCAAUGAUUUGGACGUCAGGUGGGUGAGUUCAAUUUCUUGGUACUUUGUUAACUUGUUGGGGUUGAAGUCGGUGUAUAAUUUACUCUUAGGCAAUUCAUCAAUUGCUGACAAAAUGUUGAUGAGUAGUGGCAAUCCUAUGCCAACAUUGGACAUGCCUGGUGGACCAACCACAGAGGUAUUGUUGAAAAAGGAAAUCGACAACCUUAGAAUAAUUGAUCAUGUCUAUGAUUUAGAUGGGAUUGAGGAAAGAGUGCUAAAUUUGUAUAAAUAG